CGGAAACGGUGACGACGAGGACGACGACUCAUCGCUCCACGCUGCUCUACUCCUUCCGUUGCUCGGGGCUCCAGGUGUGGCCUUGGGUACGAGUGCUUCCCCAGUAUGAGGCCUGCUGUGAACUGGGCUUUCGGGAAGCGCCUGGCGUACGGUGUGUGUUGUCACUGGAUCGGAGAGGUGCUCAUUCAGUUCUCUGGUCAUUUUUGAGGCUGUGCUUUUGGGGCAUUUAGUCAGUGAGGUGUCUCUGUCCCUGUCCCACAGGAGCUGUUCCUCUUUCCUCUGCGGCGUCUCCAUGUUUGCCAUGCGCUCUCAUUAUUUUUGAGGCUCUUCCCUCUGACACAUCCAGUCAUUUAGCAGCUUUUGUGAGCGACGCACCUGCAGCUCAGGCACCGACUACGUCCUCUUUGGACUCUCUGAUGUCCUCAUGUGGCUUCGAAAACUCACAGGUCAAAGCGGCGACUGUCGGAGCUCUCCUAAUACUCUCACAUUAUUUCACAAGGAGUGCAAUAGACAGAACCAGAGGCUGCGGUGAGCAGGUGCAGCGCCGUUCGCGAACAUCACGCAUUGUUUGACCUGACCUUGGUGACCGCGGCGCACCCUGCCGGACGUCCUUGUUGGGGAACGCAGCUUCGCUCAGCUUCGCUCAGCUCCGCUGUCCUUUUCGUUCCGUGUUCAGUUCCACCGCUGCACGUCUGCAGGAUAGACCAGCUCAGCACCAAGAGGUGAAACCUGAAGGGGAGACCGGAAGGACGGGGACCCGCGGCGUCAGACACGCCCCUUCUCAGUGCCCCUUCUCAGCCGUUCGCUCACAAGUUCUUCGCUGAGGUUGAAGAAAAGGCGUGUGCCGAAAACGCCCGUUUCUGAGCAAUGAGCCGGCAUCCACCGGAGCCGGGAAAACGGAUCGGUGACCCUGCCGCCCCCAGCGUCCUCUCGCGCCGUGUUGCCCCGUGGCUUCCUCCGUUUCCUUGGCCGUUGCGUGCGAGUGCACACGGCGCUUCCAGAAGCUCCACAACAGUUGAAGACUGGGAAGCCUUCCAGGCCAUCGUGGACCACACCUACUGCAAACACAUCAAGUCAGAGCCCAGCCUGCACCCGGUGCUCAUGUCAGAGGCCCCAGUGAGUACUGCCACCGAGCACAAGGCAGUACCACAACAGUGGAACACACGGGCCAAGAGGGAGAAGCUCACCGAGCUCAUGUUUGAGCACUACAACAUUCCAGCAUUCUUCCUGUGCAAGACAGCCGUGCUGACGGCCUUCGCCAACGGCCGAGCCACAGGCCUGGUGCUGGACAGCGGCGCCACCCACACCACAGCCAUCCCAGUGCAUGAUGGGUACGUUCUUCAGCAAGGCAUCGUUAAGUCUCCCCUGGCCGGAGACUUCAUCACCAUGCAGUGCAGGGAGCUCUUCCAGGAGAUGACCAUCGACAUCACCCCCCCGUACAUGAUCGCAGCCAAGGAGCCCGUGAGAGAGGGAAUGCCCCCCAACUGGACCAAGAAGGACAGAUUGCCGCCAGUGACCAAGUCGUGGCACACGUACAUGUGCAACGAGGUCAUUCAGGAUUUCCAGGCUUCGGUGCUUCAGGUGUCAGACUCCCCCUACGAUGAGCAGGUGGCUGCCCAGAUGCCCACGGUGCACUACGAGAUGCCCAGUGGCUACAGCACCGACUACGGGGCAGAGCGACUCCGUAUCCCGGAAGGCCUCUUCGACCCCUCCAACGUCAAGGGCCUCUCUGGGAACACCAUGCUGGGGGUGGGACAUGUGGUCACCACCAGCAUCGGCAUGUGUGACAUAGAUAUCCGGCCUGGACUCUACGGCAGUGUGAUUGUCACCGGGGGCAACACUCUGCUCCAAGGCUUCACGGAGAGGCUCAACAGAGAACUUUCCCAGAAGGCUCCACCGGUAGGCGUGCACCCGACAGCACCCGAAACGCACCGGAAACUCCCUGGAAAUGCCUGCGAGCAUGAGGCUGAAGCUCAUCGCCAGCAACAGCUCCAUGGAGCGCCGCUUCAGCCCCUGGAUCGGGGGCUCCAUCCUGGCAUCCCUGGGCACCUUUCAGCAGAUGUGGAUUUCCAAGCAGGAGUACGAGGAAGGGGGCAAGCAGAGCGUGGAGAGAAAGUGUCCCUGAGUCGCAGCCCGACACCGGAGGUCACGUCUCCUCCUGGGUCCCGCAGGGCAAAAGCAGGCGUUCGGCUCCCGAACGCGGUCAAAAUAAAGGCACAAACGGCACAAGGACCACUAAUCCGUCUCCUGUCUUUCCUGCUCUUUAUUCGCUCUUGCGCAACCACUCUUCAUCUUUCCCACCAGCCCCAACCUCAGCUCUACCACUGACUGUAACCGCCACUCUGCUGCUGACCCUAAACCCAACUCUAGUGCUGACCGUAACUCUGCCGCUGACCAGUUGCUGACAGCUUUACUGAGGUGCAGCUCAAGCACUCUGGGCUUUAACUACGUCACACUUACCGUUUACUCGCUCUCUUCACUUCGCUUUUACACUC